CAAAAUAAUAAAUUAUUCAUAACAAAUGUAUCAAACGUAGUGCAGUAUUAUUUGACCGAAUUUUUUUAUUUUGACUCUUGAAAAGAUGCACAUCGCGCGAUUCUGCAUUGUGCCGUUAACGAUCUUGUUGAUAUUUUGCGAAGCGCGAAAAUACGAGGAUGCCAAACAAGUGCGAAAUUUCCGAAUCGGUGAUCCGAUCGAACUGAAAAUAGUGAGCGACCGACUUGAAUUUCGCGACGUCGAAGGCGAAUUACCUCGGAAUAUGUUCGUGAAAUUGCCCCAAUUGGCGCACCUGAAAAUAACCGGGAACAUAUCCUACAUAGAGCCCGGCGCCUUCUCUGGACUGCACGCCCUGGUGGACCUCGAUUUGUUUCAGAAUAAAAUCAGGUAUCUUUUGAACGGGACUUUCAAAGAAGCACAUAAUUUGAAGUACUUAAAUUUGGGCGAGAACGAGUUAAAUUACCUGGAACCGAAGACCUUCAAUGGGCUAACUUCCUUGGAAACUUUGAAUAUGAGUUUUAACCGCGACUUAAAAGUUUUACGAGACAACAUAUAUUACGGACUUUCAAACCUCAAAAAAUUAAACCUAAUCGACUGCGGCCUGCACGACAUCCACCGUUCUGCAUUUUACGGUCUUGAGAGGCUAGAAAGUUUAGAUUUAUCGAAAAAUAAUCUGAAGUUCGUAACCAGCGAAAACUUUGACGACCUGAUCAAAAUGUUCGAUCUGAACCUGUCCUACAACAGGAUCCAGCAGCUGCAAGCAAACAGUUUCAGCAAAAGAUUAUAUGCCUUAAGAAGAUUAAAUCUUUUGUACAACAAUAUGAAUUGUACGGAUGCCAAACGCGUGGCCAAAGAAUUUUCGAGCACAGUGCAGGUUAUAUACAGAACUCCAGACGGGGCUGGAUGCAAAGCAGUUUGAAAGGGAUUCUAUGAGAUGCAAAUACAUUUUUAUGAAUGGGAUUUUACCUUCAAUAUUCAAGGUUUUUAUUUAUAAAGUAUGUAGAAUUUAUUUUUACCCACAAUACAGAAAUACUUACAUACGUAUA